AAAACUGGGAUGGACCUGGAUCCGAACCUAGUUAUUAACCAUGACGACACAAAUUUAUCAGAGGCAUCUUUUACAAUGGAGCAACACACCUCGAGCUAUUCGGAUAUACACAUGGGCUCAACGCCCUGCACCGGCCACCGCAAGGUGGAUAUGUGGCGGAAUCACAACUUUGAUAGCGGUUUCCAAACAAUGAAUCACAGUGAGGCUCCAUCUAUUAUAUCAUCUCUACAUCCGUCAUCGCAUCUUUCCGGAAUGUCAUCCAUGGCCGACUAUGAGCCGAUCCCCACUCUUUCAGAUCAACAAAAACAAAAGUUUGAUGGGAUCACGCAAAAUCAAGCGGAUGGGCAGUAUAACACAGUUCGAGCAAUUCCAGAACUCACUAUGCUUAUGAAAGAUCAGGAUAAUGAGGUUGUGCACAAAGCUGUAAUUCUGAUGCAAAAUAUUGCGAAGAUGGAGUGUGACCCAAUGCGACGGCAAAAUGAAGCUCGAAUUGUGGACCCCCGUGUUAUAUUUACACUGCGUGAUCUUCUCCGUGACAAAGUUGAAUUCCCGAACAUCAUUCGUUGCACUUUGGGAACAUUCUUCCACAUUUGCAACCGACAGGAAGGAAUUGAUCUUGUCACUCGAGCGAUCGCAGAACAACCUGAUAUAAUUCCAAAUCUUAUUAGGCAUAUUGGUACUUAUCCAAGUUCAAUAUACAAAUAUGCCAUUCUUACUAUGCAUUCGAUUCUGUCCGAUAAGCAGAGAGGCGGACAAAGUGUGAUCAUUGCGCGUCAACAAGAUGCGAUUACUCAUGUGACUCCGUGGUUAGAAGCGGAGAAAUCAGAAAAACUUCUUCCAGUGAUAGUUGACUUGAUCAGAGUUUUGUGUGAAAAGAACACCGAACAGAAAAUCAAGUUUGUGAAAAUGGGAGGACCUCAAAAACUGCUCAUGCUACUACAACACAGAGUUUAUGAAAAUUUGCUUUGGCGAACUACGCAACUUUUGAAAACAUUUUCGAACUUUGACGCUCCAAAUCUUGUUGCUUUUGGUGGUCGCCAAAUUCUCGCCAAUCUUCUUUCACAUGGUAGUCCGCGACUUGUACAAUCAACCCUUGAAACUUUGCGAAAUAUAAGUGACGUACCAAGCAAAAUAAAAGAAGAUUUACUUUUGAAAUCUCUUCUGGAGCUGGUCAAUUCUCGAAAUACAACAAUCCGUCUAUAUUCUGCUCAGAUAAUGUCAAAUCUAGUUGCAAACAACAGGCAUAACAAGGAGUUUAUGUGUGGCAACAAUGGGGUUGUCAUUCUUGUGAGAGCUUUAACAAUUGCCACCAAAGAGAUGGGUGACUUGAGAGAUAAAGAAGCACAGCAAAUGGAGGAUUAUAUUGAAAGCCUAAUUUGCACGCUACGGCAUCUCUGUGUUGGACAUCCAAUGUCAGAUAAGGUCCAAGCAUUUGUUUUCCGAGAUCCUGCAUUAUUUCUACACAAAUUGUUAACAAUGAGACCAGUAUUGCUGAAACACACAUUGAGUCUCCUGCUGAAAGUUGUAUCCCAACAUGCCCUUCUUGCUCCAUUCCGAUCAUGCCGAAUUGGAGAUAAAGGUUUUGUUGAGCAACUCAUUCAUAUUUUGAGAGUGGCAUGUACCCAGCUGAAUGUGCAAGAAUCUAUCGAAGGUGUCCGCGUGAAAGAUAUCAUUCAUCUUUGUAUUCAAAUCCUGCGAUGGAUUACAAGAGACCAGGACAUUCUCAACGAGGUUGUUUUCUUCCUGCAAACUCCUGAAAAUAGCCGAAUGGGCGAUGGUCAUACUCUUCCAAUUUUUGUAUUACAAAAAGCCAACGUUGAAGAGAACACGAAAUCAUCGGCUCUGGCCUUGAUUUAUAAUUUGAUGCAUCAUGAGCAAAUGGCAAACGUACUUGACAGAGAUGACGUUCUUGUUAAAAUGCUUCAAAAUGUUCAAAUGCAAUCUCAAACUCACCCUGAAUUAGCAAGUCUAGCAAAUAAUAUUCUCAAGAUGAUGUAUGAGAAGCGAGAAAAGACAAGGAAUACUCUUCCAAGAUACAAUUCAUAUUUAGAGAGCCAAUUUGGUCACAUGAGCAUGACCACCCCACGAAGCGAAGCACUAAAUAGUAGCGGUGAAGUGUGUGAGGGAGCUGGAGAGCAAUGGUCUACACCUUUAACAGAUGAUACUAUGAUGGAUUCGUAUUGCAACAGCUCCGGACGAGAUUCAUCAAAACCAUACAACUCACCAAUGUACCAUUCCCCACCAGCAAUGUAUCCAGAAUACUCAAUUGGACCUCCCGAGACGUACUUGGAUCCCCAUGCCACAGCAUCUUGUUAUCCGCGACCAACGCCUCCUCAAUAUAACAGCUAUGACCGUAGUCCACCAGUUUACAACGACCUUCCAUCAAACCCUGGUCCGAGUAGUCAUUCGUCUGAUUAUUAUCCUUCUAGGAAUAGUCGAUUUUAAUUUUUUAAUUAUAACAUAGACCCCCACACUUUCCACCACCCCAGUCGGAUAUUUGUUGCACAUUCCUUGAAAAUGAGAUUCUAAUUAUUUGUAUACGGGUUCAUGAAUUGGCAUGCAAAAUAUGUUGAAUAAAGUGAAUUUUUAUUG